AUGUUGGAUUGUACCAAGAAGCACCUCGCCCUGCCGGCACGCGACGAACGAACGAAGGCCAUGGCAUCGUCAACCUCGUCCAACGCCCUUCGCGUGUUUCACUAUAACCCCUCCCCGCCCGAAGAAGCCUUGAUCAUUCCUGCAACCAUAGCCACCGCCAGCGCCGAUAGCCCGAAUAUCAGAAACAACGGCGGCCCCGCCACCGACGACAAUGUCAGUGACAACGAUGGCGAAGACCACGAUGAGGACGGCGAUACUCCCAGCGGCAGCGAUGGCAGCGGCAGUAGUGGCACCAACGACGACAGGCGGCCCCAGCACAUCUCGGCGCCGCCGCUCGCCCGUCUGCCGGCCUUUGACAACCGGUUUCGAAGGGGCGAGCCGCAGUUUUACUUCUACCACGUGGUCGACACGAGGGAUGCGAGCCUGCGCGUGCAGGUGCUGGGGCCGGGGCUGAGCUUCACCUUUACCCACGAGCGCGCGAGGAGGCACCUCAGCGCGGGUCGCAUCGCCGCGGGACUGCGCCGCAAGACGACGGGGUUUCUGGCUCUGGUGCGCACAUGCACUGACAGCCGUAACGGCCACCACAGUAACAGCCGGAUGCGUGACGGAGACAGCACUGACAACAGAAGCAAUGGCAACGGCGUUGCUCCCCCCCCUCCUCCCCCCUGCCCUCCCCUCCUACAACAUGAUCGCACGGUCCUAGUCUGGGCAGAGAGCGGCCACGGCGCCGGCCGCGCAGGCGACAUGCUCGACGCCGCGCCGGGCGCCCUGCCCAACGGCACGUGGACGCGGCGCGCGGUGCGCCUCGCCGCGCUGCUGGGCCUGCGGACGGAGCGGCCGUUUGACACCAUGGGGCUACGCGAGGGCGAGCUGGAUGCGCGCGCGCGGGAGCGCCUCAGGGGGGUGUUCCUCGCGUCGCACGUCGAGGUCAAGCUCGCGACGCAUGGGGUGUACGCGCUGCUGCAUGUCUUUGGGCUGCAUCGCGAGUCCCGAGGGGGACGUCGAGAGUGGCGGCGGCAGCGGCAGCGGCGAUCACCACCAAACGGCGUCAAUACCGACGGCAGAUGUCCUGAGCGACACAGGAGUAGCAGCAGUAGCAGAAGUGACGCUGGCAGUAGCGGCGGCUCCCUCGAUCUCGCCACGUUGACACGCCUGCGGGACGCGCGAUGGGAUGACGGCUCCCGGCCGAGGCUGGAGGUGUACUUUUCGCGAAGGAACUGCGUGCCGUGUGGGAUGUUUGUGCGGCGGCUGAGCGAGGUCAUAGGCGUGAGGAUCGACUUGAUCUGGCGGGAGAGGCUGACGCACGUGGUGUACGAGACGAGGGCAGGCAGCGGUGGUGUCCCUCGCGAGUCGAACCUGGUGGCCUCGCGCACAGCUGCGCUCCGUGGCAGUGAAGGACAGAGAGGAUCAGGCAUGGUAGACACACAUGGCCAAAGCGGCUUGUCCAGCAGCAGCCAGAGACUGCGGCCGCAACAUGAAGCCGACGACGACGAUGACGACGUACAGAUGCUAGACGUGGUGGACCUUACUGGGGCGGCGCCGCGGUGCUGCAUCGACCUUACGGGGGAGCCGUCGACCGGAACGGCGCCGCCAGUCUGGGAUCUCACCAAGGAGGGAGCAGAAUCCGACGACGAGAGCGCUAUGGGGCGGAUGCACUCGGUCGGCAGCGCGCGCGAGGCUUACAUGGCUGCGUACCUGGAUGGGCUCGCCUACUGCGUGGGCCAACUUCCCCAGACGACGACGUCUUCUUCUCAGUGCGAUGACAAGGCAGCAGAACAUGCAGAAGAGGCGUGGCGCGCGGUGCGUACGGCGAUGGUUGACUUUGCGAAGCGCAUGCUGCUCCUCCGGCGAGCGUCGUCGUCCUCGCCGCGCCUUUGCGCCACGGAGGGACGACUCGCAACCGACUCUUCGACCCAGCAGGAAACCGACACAGGUGAGGGCCGCGAUUCAGAGAACGGAAAGAGCAUGUCUCAUGCGAGACUUGGUGCGCGCGCGCGCCAGGUGAGGACGAGGCCGGUGAGGGAGGUCAACAAGCCACUGCCCGCGACGCCCGAGACGCAACCGCCGGCGUGGAUGAUGGACGCAGACGGCGAGGAGGAAAUGUGGGAAACGGACGAGCCGGUGGAGUAUGGAGUGGUGGCGAGGGAGGGGACGUCUGCGGUGGUGAUGGCGCCAUGGGCUCGGCGUCUGUGAGUGAGAAGGAGCAGUGGUAGACUGACGAGAAGCCUUGCGCGUGCGGUUGACCAUAAGAUGGGAGGAGGAGGCGUGGCCGACACGAGGGUAGAGUCGGAAGGGC